AUGCUUCCGCCUCUUCACUCGCACAGUGAGACCACCUCCUGCUUCCAAGCCUUCUCUGCUUCCAAGAAUGUUCUGCUUCCAAGCACUCUCUAUCACUACUUGCCUCGAAGGCUGUCCAUUCAUGUACUGCAUCGAUCCCAUGGAUUUCUACCCCAAUCGCAGGUGUAUGAGGCCAUGGCGCCCAACUCUGUCCCUGAGAUGCAACGCGUCCCUCUGGAGGAAAUCUGCCUGCAGAUCAAACCCCUCCCUCUCGCAGCCGCCGUCACUGCCCACCCCUCUUCCUCCUACCCCUCCUCCACCACCGCCCAUCGCAGCACCAACAUCGGUCUCUUUCUUGCAAAGGCCCUCUCUCCCCCGGACCCUUUUGCUGUUCGCCACGCCAUCGAGAAUCUCCAGAGGCUCGGCGCGCUGGAUGAAGAUGAAGAGCUCACAGCCCUUGGAUCGACCCUCAGCCGGCUCGCUGUGCACCCUCGGAUCGGCAAGAUGUUGGUGUAUGGGUCCCUGCUGCACUGCCUCUCUCCCCUCCUCUCCGUCGCUGCGGCUGCUUCCCUCUCUCGCGACCCGUUCCUCUCCCCCAUUACCAACCGCAACGCCGCCGACGCUGCGCGCCGAGCCUUCGCGACAGGCUCGGCGGCCGGGAGCGAUCAUCUAGCUGUGGUGAUGGCGCAUGAGGGGUGGAUGAGAGCAAACGCAGAGGGGCGGGCGAUGGGGUAUUGUGAUGAGAAUUUCUUAGCGCCGUCCGGGAUGCGGCUUAUGCUGGGGCUGAAAAUGCAGAUUGAGAGGAUGUUGUGGGGGGCUGGGCUGGCCCAAUUAGGAGAGUCUCUUGAUGCUGAUCUGCCGCCUAAGGCUCAGGCUCAGGCGCAGGGAGCUGGUGCAAGGGGGAUGGUGGGGCAGAGGAAGGAGACAGGGGUUGGAGGAGGACGAGGGGUGGAAGGGAGGUCUGGCAGUGGUGGUGGUGGUGAUGGUGAUGACGGUGCUGGUGGUGGUGUCGGUGGUGGGGUAUCUUCACUGAGUGUGGCAGAUGAGCGAAUGGACGAGCAGAUGGACGGCCGAGAUUACCCGCCGGGUCCCGACAGAGCCAAUGCUGCUGCAUCUGAACCGCACAUCGAUGACACCGACGAGUCAUCGCUCUUUAUCGCUCGCUCAGUGCUGGUUGCGGGUCUGUCUCCCCAUGUAGCCCGCUCGGACAUGCUCCCGGAAGCCCGGGGCGGCGCCGGUUCCGGCAGCAGCAGCGGCGGGAAGCAGAAGGUCCGGCUGAGGUUCGGGUUCCGAACCUCCGAGGGUCGGGUGUGGAUCCACCCGACUGGGGUGAUCCCGCAGCAGGGCAAGGCGUUGGACGAUGGGGGAGUGCAUUUUCUGACGUUUAACGAGCGUGUGCAGACCUCUCAGGUGUUUAUUCGUGGCUGCACGCUCAUCCCUGCUCUCUCUAUCGUCCUCUUUGGAGGUCCUAUCCAGCUUGCCCCUGCCCCAUCUCCGUUUCUACCCCUGGGAGGGGCUUUUCCCUCUGGGAAUCCAUACGGUGCUGCUGCUGCUGGCGCCUAUGGGUUUGGGUCCUCCUCGCUGGCGUCUCAGCCGGUUCUGCUCGUUGUGGACCGUUGGAUCGAGUUUGUGGUGGAUCGGCAUAUGGGAGAGCUGCUGGUGCAGCUGCGGGCGGUGCUGGAUUCGAUUCUGGGGAGGUGGGUGGCGGGAGGGCCGCGGCCGGCCAAUGAGAGGCGAGUGGUGGGGUGUGCCGUAAGGCUGCUGGAGCAAGCAGGGAGAGCGGCUGUACGGGAGCUGGAAAAUGCUGAGAAAAACGCAGCUGAUACCGCUGGUGCUGGUGCUGGUGGCUUUGGUGGUGUUGCUGGUGCUGCUGGUGGUGCUGGUGGUGCUGGUGGUUUUGGCGGUGUUGCUGGUGCUGGUGGUCCGGUUGGUGCGAUGGGAUCGUUAGGUGGCAUGGUGUCAGCUGGUGGUGGUGCUGUUGCAGUUAGGGUGAUUGAUGAUGGUGAUCGAUGGAUGUCAGGAGUUGGUGCUGGUGGUGGGGAUUGGAGGGGGGGUGGUGCUGCUGGUGGGGGGGAUUGGAGGUCUGGUGGUGCUGCAGGGGCGGAUUGGAGGGGGGGCGGUGCUGGUGGUCGUCAUGAGCCUAGUCCUCGUGGGUAUGGUGACCGAGUCUCAAGGGAUGGGUCUGGGUAUAGAAGGUAG